UGCCUCCCAUGGACAGGAAACCGGUUUGUCUCAUAUCAUUGUCCUCUCACAAACGCUUGUCACUUCACUUGUGCUCCAGGAACUUUCAUACUGAUGGUCUUGUGAUUUGAGCAAUCUCUCUCUUUCACUACGUGACGGUUGAGGUUAUAAUCCGAGCACUUUCUCAGAUCAUCAUGUCUGUCUUCUCAUGCUGGGGUUGCUGUGUAGAAGCCAGCAAGGAAGAGAGAGAACCAAUUGCACAAGCCAGGCCUCUAAAGACAAGCAAAGAGCUAAGCAAAGGGGAGACGCUUUUAAUCAGGAAUGUAAAUGUGACAGAUAUCGACCAAACAUUUACAAAUGUUGCUGUUGCCUACAAUGAGCAGGUGGAGCACUGCAGAACUAUAAAUGACUGCAUCUCUGGAUUAGCAGACAUUAGUUGUUCAGAACCCAGUCUUUCUAGCUGCUUAAGGAGGUUGCAGGAAAGACAUGAUGACUGUGACAUCAAGGUACACAUGGAAGGAUUUAAUUUUUCUCUUGUGGUGAACCCAGAAAACCAUGUUAAAGAAGACCUGCAACAAGCCCAAGAGCUCAUCCAAAAGCUGAGCCGUGCAGCCAAACUUAUUAACAGAAACAAAACUAUGCUGGAAGAAAUGAUCAACUCUUUGAUGCGCAACAAGACAGAGAUGGAAGACAAGAUUGACACUCUUAAUGUAGGUCACUUGGACCACAUAAGAUUUAGAGACAAUCUGGUAGCAAAUUUCCAAAAUAUAAAUAAAGCUAAACAGUUGUCCAAGGAGUACGAGGAAGAAGCAAAUAAAGUUCUUAAAGAAAUUGCCAACCUAUCUGGCUCCGCAGAUUGAUGGACUCUUCCAAAAUCUCACAAGCAGUGUGUAUGCUUCAGUUCACUGUAUCAUGGUUUUUCAAUAUCUAGACAAAGAGAUUAAGCUAAAUGAAGAAAAGAUUCUGACUUAUAUGUCAUUUGAGUUAUAUGUCCAUCUUAGUAAAGAAUCCCAUUUUUGAUAAUAUCUCCAUAGUUCUAAGACCCUAUAUUGAGCAAACCUGUUUUAUUAAGCACCACCCUUGCGACUUCUGCUUUCUAAAAGAUCACUAGUUUAUAUCUAAGAAAGCAACAUCUUUUAGACAUCAAAUUGACUAAACUAUAAUGAAGUCUUAGAGCUUUCAAGAAAAUAAAUGAGGGUAUGAAGCA